AUGAGCUCCAAAAAAUAUGCCUUCCUCCCCAUGGACGAUGGCGAAGUCGGCCCUCAAAAAGUGACAAAGGAAAAGAAGCAUCGCAGUCACCGCAAAGACCGCGAUCACGACCGACACAGAGACCGUGACGACAGAUCUUCCAAGUCCUCCAGGCAUCGUCAUCGCAGCCGCUCUAGAUCCCCCCGUCGCUCCCACAAUGACCGAGUAAAGUCCUACCGCAAUCGCGAUGACAACGUCGAUUUCGACGACCGCUGGGCCGAUGAGGCGCCUCCCUCGGACGAUCCUGACCAAGAGGAACCAACACCCGAGUUUGAGGAAUCAACCAGCAAGCGAGUGAAGUUCCAACACCAAGAACCCGCCGACGAAGACCUCUCCGACGGCGCCAAAGAAGAGCGUGAACGACGGCGCGACCAAGAAGAAAAAGAAGCGUUCUCGAAACGUCUCAAGGAGAAAGAUGACUCCCGCGCCAAAAAGGGUUAUCGCGAUGGUGAGGCCACGGCACGACGGCGCCUAGGUGACGAUGCUGCUGCACGAGACGCCGCUCUCCCGGACCUGCGACAACGGUCGCGACAGGAAUACCUCAAGAAGCGAGAGGCAGAACGCCUCGCACUUCUGCGCAAACAAGUCGCCGAAGAAACAGCUGAGCUUCAGAGUGGUGUACGACUCUCUGACAGAGAACGGGCCGACUUUGCAAAGAACCGAGAAAUUCUGCGCCUAGCCGAAGAACGGCUCAAAAUUGACGACCACCGCGACGGCUACGUAAUGCCGGAAGACUACCUGACAGAAAAGGGCAAAUUGGACAGGAAGAAGAAAGAAGAGGCGCUAUACAAACGCUACGUCGAGAAAGACGAAUAUGGCCAGGAAAAGUUUGUCACCGAGCACGAGGAGUGGGAGCGCGAACAGACACUCAAAGCCAAGGCGCAGAUUUCUCGGCCGGAGCUCGAAAACACAGAAUACGACUAUGUCAUGGACGACACCCAAUACAUCAAGUGGAGUCUGGACUCGCGUAUGGCUGGUGAGCGAGAUAGUAUGACGGCCGAGCAGCGGUUCCUGGAGCAACAGCUUGACGCUGCCGAAAAGAAGGCCCUGACCAUUCAAGAAACUCGAAAGAGCCUGCCAAUCUACCAAUACCGAGACGAGUUCCUGGCUGCCCUGGAACAGUACCAGAUCCUCGUUAUUGUCGGUGAAACUGGUAGUGGUAAAACAACACAACUGCCCCAAUAUCUCCACGAGGCUGGGUAUACCAAGAAUGGCUUCAAAGUCGGCUGCACGCAGCCUCGCCGAGUCGCAGCUAUGAGUGUCGCGACUCGUGUCGCUGAAGAAGUCGGCGUCAAGGUCGGCAACGAAGUUGGUUACUCGGUUCGUUUCGAAGACUGCACCAGCGACAAGACCAUCCUCAAGUACAUGACAGAUGGUAUGCUGCUGCGAGAAUUCAUGACGGAGCCGGAUUUGGCGGGCUAUUCCGCCCUCAUGAUUGACGAGGCCCACGAGCGUACCGUCCACACGGAUAUCCUGCUAGCCUUGCUCAAGGAUCUUUCGCGUGAGCGCAGGGACCUGAAGCUACUCAUUUCCUCAGCCACCAUGAAUGCUGAGAAGUUUGCGUCCUACUUUGAUGACUGUCCCAUCUUCAACAUUCCCGGUCGUCGCUACCCCGUCGACAUCUACUACACCCCCGCCCCCGAGGCCAACUAUCUCGCCGCCGCCAUCACCACCGUCUUCCAAAUACACACCACCCAGGACAAGGGCGACAUUCUCAUUUUCCUGACCGGUCAAGACGAAAUCGAGGCGGCGGAGCAGGAAAUCGCCGAAACGGCCAAGAAGCUUGGGAGUCGCAUCAAGGAGCUAGUCAUUUGUCCCAUCUACGCAAACUUGCCCUCGGAACUGCAGACCAAGAUCUUUGAGCCGACGCCGGCUGGGGCCCGCAAGGUCGUGCUCGCGACCAACAUCGCGGAGACGAGUCUGACCAUUGACGGCAUUGUCUACGUCAUCGACCCCGGCUACGUCAAGGAGAACAUCUACAACCCCGCCACGGGCAUGUCCAACCUCAUCGUGGUGCCCUGCUCACGCGCCUCGGCCAACCAGCGCAGCGGUCGUGCCGGACGUGUCGGCCCCGGCAAGUGUUUCCGACUGUACACCAAGUUCGCCUACAUGAACGAGAUGGACGAGUCGACGACACCCGAGAUCCAGCGCACCAACCUCAACAGCGUGGUGCUACAGCUCAAGUCACUGGGCAUUAACGAGCUGCUGGACUUUGAGUUUAUGGACCCGCCGCCGACCGAGGCCCUCAUCGGCGCCCUCAACCAGCUGUUUGCCCUGCAGGGCCUCAACCACAAGGGCGAGCUGACCAAGCUGGGGCGGCAGAUGGCCGAGUUCCCGACAGACCCGAUGCUGGCCAAGGCCGUAAUCGCGGCGGACAAGGAGGGUUGCGUGGAGGAGGUGCUGUCGAUCGUGUCGAUGCUGGGCGAGGCGUCGGCGCUCUUCUUCCGGCCCAAGGACAAGAAGAUCCACGCGGACAGCGCGCGCAACCGGUUCACGGUCAAGGACGGCGGCGACCACGUCACGCUGCUCAACGUGUGGAACCAAUGGGUAGACAGCGACUACUCGCCCAUCUGGUCCAAGGAGAACUUCCUGCAGCAGCGGUCGCUGACGCGGGCGCGCGACGUGCGCGACCAGCUGGCCAAGCUGUGCGAGCGCGUCGAGGUGGCGCCCUCGUCGUGCGGCGCGGCCAACCUCCGACCGAUCAAGCGCGCCAUCACGGCCGGCUUCUUCCCCAACGCGGCGCGCCUGCAGCGCAGCGGCGACAGCUACCGCACCGUCAAGAGCAACGCGACCGUGUGGGUGCACCCUAGCAGCGUGCUCAUGGCCGUCGACCCGCCGGAGCGCAUGGUCGUCUACUUUGAGCUCGUCCAGACGACCAAGGAGUACAUGCGCAGCGUUAUGCCCAUCGAGGCUGGCUGGCUGGCGGAGCUGGCGCCGCACUUUCACAAGAAGAAGGACAUUGAGGAGCUGGAGGAGAAGAAGAUGCCCAAGCAGAGGUAG